AUGGGUCUUAUAUACUCUUAUACUAGCAGUGACUACGAACACAAGACGUGUUCAAAGUGUCUUCGUACCGGUUCGUUGCUGCAGCCAGUCACGCCGUGUGUGCACUGCCGAUAUUAUUUGUGCGUGCACUGUUCCAAGCCGCUGCCGUUGGGGCAAUGGACCACCAGUUGGCCUUUGUCGUGCAUAGCUUUCUCGGCCCUGCGAGCACCACGCUGCUGCUUCUCAUGUGGGUCUCCUCUUCUCUCGCUGAGCGACGGUAUUCUGCGCUACAUUAUGCUCUUUCUCACCUACAAGAAUCAGGAUCGUCUGCUGCGGGUAUGCACACGCUUCCACAGCGUCCUGCCCCUCCCCUACGAGUAUGUCAAGAGUUUGGAGGAGAAGUACCUGUGGAAGGACCCGUACGACAUCUUGCACGCGAGUCGCAGGAGUAUUGUCCUCCGUGGUGUGGAUCGUCUCACUGGUACGACGCAUGCCCUAAAGCUGAUACCUAAGUCGCAGAUGUUCUCACGUCGAAUGUGGCAAAGACUGCAGCAAGGCAUUGACAUCCGCAUUGCGGCUUCGGCGUUCCCAGCGUUCUUCAUGUCAUUUCACAGCGCGUUUCAGACACGAGACUUCAUCGUAUUGGUGAUGGAGCUUCUACCACCGGAAAGGUAUCAGCCCCUCUCAACCCUCAUGCGGAGCGGCAUGAUUGGAGAGGCAGAAAGCCGAUUGAUCAUUGCUAGAGUGCUGGAGGCAGUACGUUGUCUCCAUGACGAGCUUCAUGUUGUUCACCGAGAACUAUCACCGGAUGCGCUUUUCGUCGCCGAUGACAAUAUUGAGGAUAUCCGUGUGCUCCAUUUUCAUCAUACACGCUUCUUGAAAUCAUCUCUUCAUUCGUCGUACCUGCAAAGCCUGUGGAAGAAACAGCAGAAGCAGAAGCAGCAACAACAACAACAACAACUCCAGAAGCCAUCUCUAUCGGCUCUGCCUCGAGACUCUGGAGAUUUUGAAGUCAAGGAGGACAGUACUACCACUGCUCCAACACCCUCGCAUGCCGCCAGGCAAAUCUCACGGCCACCGCCGCUUUCUAUUCCGGUGGACAUUGGAUUGCUGCGCAUGGCAGGCAUAUAUGCUAAGCUAGCACGUGAGCGAGAGGCUCAGCUGCAAGAAGCCGCGAGACGAUCCCGAAAUUUUUCACAAUCUACAUUGGAAACGCUGUGUCACUCUGGUUGUGGUGUGAGCCCCAGUGGUGUGACAAUGGAAGGGUCGGUUGGCUUUUCCAUACCAGCUGUUGGCUCGCACCAGCACGUGCAGCUGGGCUCCAUGGCAGCGGAUUCUUUAGGCCCUCCGGGAAUUAACGACGUUGAUGACUCAAUUAUAGUAGCAACACCUCGAGCAGCUGUUGCGUACGUGGCCCCAGAGCUUGGUGAGGCUCUGUGUGCAUGCUCAGUGGUGCCAUCGCUAUCGAUUCGGGCUGGGGAUGUCAAGAAGUGGGAUGUUUUCGCCAUCGGGGGCAUUUUUUGUCAACUACUUGCAUGUUCAGUGCGUCAGUCUACCGAUUCCCAUUGUUGUAUUGACUGGGAGACGCUAAGUGCCAGUAUUACUGGUGACAGUAUUGUUUUGCUAUUAAGUUUGAUGCACAUAGAGCCGGCUCAGCGUGUAUCUUGCGGGGAAGCGAUUAAACUCAUGUGUGAUCAGGUGGGGACAUAUGCGCCCGUCAACCUGGAGUGA